AAAUUAUAAAUUUAAAUAUAAUUAAUAAUGAAAUUACUAAAAAUAUUCAAGAAAAUGAAGUUGAAACAAUUGAAAAUAAUAAUUAUAAUUCAUUAAAUGUAAUAAAUAAAUUUCUAAAAAAUUUUAAAGAAGAAAUUGAAAAAGAAUAUGAAGAAGAAAUCAAAACAAUAGAAGAAGAAAUAGAAGAGAAAGUUGAAGAAGAAAUUUUUGAAAAUAAUGAAAUUGAAGAAAGAAAUAAAACUGUUAUAACUCAAAAUACUACAGAAAAUAGUUAUAAUAGUAGUGAAGAGCUUGAUAGUUCUACUUCACAAUAUCAAUUAGAAGAAACAUUAACAAAAAAUUUAAACUUC